AUGGCAGUCGCCAGUCUCAUCUCGGCGUUCGUGGGAAGCAGCAUUGCCUCUUCAAUUUCGGUUGCGCAAUCACCUCCAGCAGCAGCGUGUGACCCUAUUCCAGAAGCUUUUGUCAGUUAUUCGAUUGAGUUCUCUUCCUUUCCGGAAUUUGCUGGAAAUAACUCAUCACCAAAUGUUUUCUCUAACAAUCUUUUAAAUAACCUGGGCAAUCUUACGGGAACCAAGCCAUAUAUUCGCGUUGGUGGAAACACCCAGGACUAUUAUCUAUAUAAUGCUAGUCUCAAAACUGCCCUGACUGGGAUUGUUGUUCCAUCAAGAUCUCCUGAUUAUCCCACAACAAUCUCAAUUGGUCCAUCUUAUUUCGAGUCCUACAAUACCUGGCCAGACACCAAGUUCGUACAUGGAUUCAACAUGGGCCUGGGUGGUAAUAAUUCGGCAGGCUGGGAGACAUUGCUUGAAACUGUUCCGUUGGCUUGCAAAGCACUCGGGAAAGAAAAGCUUCUUUGGUGGGAAUAUGGAAAUGAACCAGAUCUAUUUUCUACAUCGGCUCAAGGACCUGUGCGACCACCAUCCUGGAAUGAGGCCACUUAUGUCAGUCAAUGGCUGAACGGGACGCGUGCCAUUAAACGUCAAUUGGAAAAGUACUGCCCGGGUCUUACAUCGAAUUCGACAUAUGGGUACCUUGCCCCGUCUUUCGCCGGUUUGAAUAACCAUCUAAAGCCUGUCAAGGCCUUUCAAUCCGGACUCGAUGCAGAUAAGGAUAUUAAAAUCAUUUCAUCGCACAACUACAUCGGAGGUGCUACACAGCCAGGUGUAACACUUCAAGGUACUCUUAUGAACCAUACCGUCACCGCCAAGUCUGUGGACGCUCAGGCACAGCUCCAGAAGAAUCUGUCGUACCUCGGCCUGCCGUUCAUACUUGGAGAAACGAACAGUCUGUACAACCAAGGCAAGCCGGGUCUGUCCAACGCGUUUGGUGCUGCUCUCUGGGGCAUCGACUUCAAUCUCUACUGCGCUUCUGUCGGUAUCCGUCGUGUCCAUAUGCACAUGGGAACGAACUACCGUUACCAAAGCUGGCAGCCUGUCCAAACAAACAUUACCACUCUUGGGACUAAGCCACCAUAUUAUGGUCACGUGGCAGUCGCUGCGAUGAUGGGUAAUCUGAAGAAGGAGAAGACUAGAAUUGCGAACAUCAAACUUGAUACGGAUACAGAAGCUGCUUAUGCCGCGUACUCCAACGACAAACUUUCCAGGGUCGCAAUCAUCAAUCUCAGACAGUAUAAUUACACUGUCAACGGCACAAGUUCGGUGUUGAACCCGGUCAAAAGACCUUCACGAGAGUAUACGCUCAAUGUUCCGGCUGAUUGUAGGGACAAAAUUGGUGUUCAAAGACUAUAUGCGAAUGGAAGUGACGCUAUCUCUGGCAUCUCGUGGGAUGGGUUGAGCUAUAAUUGGGAGCUUGACAAUGGAAAGCCGGUAAGGCUGCAUAAUGUCACUACCGGUGAGAUUGUUAAAGUCAAAGAUGGGACAGUGAAAGUCGCUGUGUUGGAUUCGGAGGCGGUUAUACUCAGUUUUCAGUGA